AUCAAAAGAUUUUUUCUGUUCUUCUUCACAAAACAAAAACAAAAACAAAAAACCAAAACAACGUUCCUUUGUUCUUUCUCAAAUCGCUUCAAACCAAAAUCACACCACAAAGCAAAAAAAAAAAAACAAAAAAGGAAAAAUUGAAAAACCCUAAAAAGCGUUUCUUCAAGAAUUAAGCUUUCAAGAUACCUCAGCAGAUAUUGUAAAUUGGGGCACUGUUAAAUAUAUUUGAAAGAUGGGUGCUUCAGCUUAUGAUCAGAGUUAUAAUGUUAAUCUUGCGCCAUUGGAGUUGUCUAAGAAGAGGAAAAUUAGGAGUAGAGGAAAAGGGCUUAAAUCUGUGGCUGAGAUUUUAGCUAAGUGGAGGGAAUACAAUGAGCGUCUCUAUGCUGGUAAAGAUGAUGGUAAACCGAAGCGUAAAGCGCCGGCGAAAGGUUCAAAGAAAGGGUGUAUGAAAGGGAAAGGAGGACCUCAAAACUCAGAGAAUAAGUAUAGAGGUGUUAGACAGAGGACUUGGGGGAAAUGGGUUGGUGAAAUUAGGGAACCAAAUAGAGGUAGUAGGCUUUGGUUAGGUACUUUUCCUACUGCUCAAGAAGCUGCUCUUGCUUAUGAUUAUGCUGCUAGAGCUAUGUAUGGUCCUUCCGCGCGACUUAACUUCCCGAAUAUAUCAGAUUAUAGUUCUAUUAAGGAAUAUUUGAAGGAUUCUUCAUCAGAUGAUGUUGCUGCUGCUCCUGCUGCUAGCUGUUGUUCUUCAGUGGUGACAACUCCUGCAACAUCUGAGACAACAACUCUGUCAAGUCAUUCUGAGGUUUGUGCUGUUGAGGAUGUUAAGGAGAUGUUUAAGAUACCUGUCACUAUGAACAAUACUGUUGAUGUUUGUUAUGAAGUUUCGUCUCCAACUAGUAGAAUUAAGCAAGAGCCAAAGGAUGAGUUUGCUGAUAUCAUUGACCCUAGUGGUGGUGAAAUCCAAGAUGCUAAAUCAGAAGGAAUACAAAAGCCAAAGGAUGAGCUUGCUGAUAUCAUUGACCCUGGUGGUGGUGAAAUCCAAGAUGCCAAAUUAGAAGAAACACAGAAACAUGAUGUUGUGCAGAUUGGAGAUGGUGUAUGUAAUGACCAGAUGGAUUUUUCAUGGAUUGAUAACUUUGACUUCGACUUUGACUUGGAUUUUGACUUCAAUGGUGAUGAUAACAAGAAGAAUUGUUCAAUGGAUGAGUUCUUUCAAGCGGAGGAGCUUUUGGGGCAGUUAGACAAUAAUCCAGUUGAUGAAUCUGGGUUGAUGCAAAGUUUGAAUUGUGGACAAAUGGGUUUUCCUGAAGAGAGUAAUCCUCAGGUUGGGACUAGUCCAAGCUUCUUUUAUGAAUUGGAAAAUCCAGAUGCUAUGCUGUUAGGGAGUUUACCUCAUAUAGAACAUACAGACACAACAUCAGGUGUUGAUUAUGCAUUAGAUUUCUUUAAAAUAGAAGAACCUGUGAACUGUAAUGGUUCUCUUGAAGAUACACCAUUUCUUGAUUUGAAUUUUGAUGAUGUGAAUUAUGAUUCAAGAGGAAUGUAAGGAAGGAAGAAUGAUUAGAGGAAACUUUGUGUACAACUUUGCCUCACUAGUAUCAACUGGCUUGAACAUCUGCUUGCAGCUUUUCUCAUGGAUUUGGUCUCCUUUUAGCUUUAUAUGUGCAUAAAAAAAAAUACAUAUUAAGUAUCUUCUUCAUGUUUUCUUUCUUUUAGACAUGCUAAUUCUCUAUAGGGUUUUUAAAAAUGGGGAAUUAGCUAACAACAUUUGUUUAUUUGUUAGUUUACUUUGUUUCUUGGGUUUAGUUUGGACUACCUUAUAACUCAUGUACAGUACUUUAUAAGGUCUAAUACAACAUCUUGAGAACUGAUUUUGACAUUAGUUUUUUCAUGUUAUAUACCAAGGACAUAGACUACCAGUA